ACACAGCAGUGCAAUAUUAGAGACUACAAGCUAGCUUUUUGCACACAUAUUUCCCCACAGGUACAUCAUAACCUCACACAACUACACCUGUCCUCGUUGUUUCUCAACUGGACAUUGAUGCAUUUGCGUCAACGGUAACCGUAGCGGUCCCUCUGAUCGUUAUUGCUUUUAUUCCCUUCCCUCCAAAGACUGAUCUACGCUACAAGAUGGCUGAGCUGAAUUUGGGGAAGGGGCUCACUGCAGGGAAAGUGGCCAGUAACGUGCAGAAGAAACUAACCAGAGCGCAAGAAAAGGUUCUGCAGAAACUUGGCAAAGCAGACGAGACCAAAGAUGUCGCUUUUGAAGAGGGAGUAAUCAACUUCAACAAACAAUAUACUGAAGGCAGCAAACUCCAGAGGGAUUUAAGAGCAUACCUCGAGGCUGUGAAAGCCAUGCAUGAGUCCUCUAAGAACCUUCAGGCAUGUCUAGCUGACAUGUAUGAGCAAGACUGGUACGGCAAGAAUGAAGUGGACUCCAUUGUGGAGGAUUGUGAUGUGCUUUGGACUGAUUACCACCAGAAGCUGGUUGAUCAUGCUCUCAUCUCCAUGGAUACUUACCUGGGCCAGUUCCCUGAUAUUAAGGCUCGUAUAGCUAAAAGGGACAGGAAGUUGGUAGAUUACGACAGUGCCAGGCAUAACUAUGCCGUGACACACAAAACCAAGAAAAAGGACGGGGGCAUUAAAAUUACUAAGCCCUCAUCCUUGUUGGAAAGGGCCACUCCAGGGUGGGCUCAGGGUAUCCUGUCUGCACACAAUGUUGCCCAAAGCAGUCUUUCCAGGAGCCAGGCUGAGGAGGAGCUGGAAAGGGCCCAGAAGGUGUUUGAGGAGAUUAAUGCUGACUUGCAAGAAGAGUUGCCAUCACUUUGGAACAGUCGUGUUGGGUUUUAUGUCAGCACCUUCCAGAGUUUGGCUGGUUUUGAGGAGAAGUUUCACAAAGAAAUGAGUCGGUUGGAUCAGGAUAUGUAUGACAUCCUGGAGAAACUGGAGGAAACAGACACAACCAGUUCUCUCAGUGGUAAAGAGGCAUCUAACCACACUCUCAGGCCAGGAGGACCACCCCCGAUCCCCAAAUCCCCAUCCAAGCUCAGACCAGCAGUGCCUCCUCCACCCAAGGUGACACCAUCUAAAGAGCUAAAAACAGAGAAUAUCAUCAACCUUUUUGAUGCUGCAGCUACUCCUGAUAUCAACGUCACCUCCCCUACAGAGCCUGCAAACUGGGACUCAUGGCCUGAGGACAGUGGUGCCCAAGAAGAAGCGACCACACAGCACUAUGACCCUGUGGCUGCUGCUACAGAGGCCUGGGGGGAUGAUGGUUCGCAGCCUGUCCACUAUGAUCCCAUCACAGCUGCUACAGAGGGUUGGGGGGAUGACGGAACCCAGCCAGUUCGCUAUGACCCUUUGGCUGCAGCUCAAGAGGGAUGGGGGGAUGAUGGAAACCAGCCGGUUGAUUAUGACACCGUAGCUGAAGAAGCCCAAGAGGGCUGGGGCGAUGAGGAAAGCCAACCAGUCGCAGAGGUGCCUGCCACAGACUAUGAAACACCUGCAGAUGAGGCUCCGGCAGACGCAGUUGAGGAGGAAGCCCCCCCAGCUGCUGCUGUGUUGGAUAAUGAAGAGGGUCAGGGAGACUCUGCAGCUGCAGCUGCUGAACCAGCUACACCAACUGCACUGGCUGCACCAGUAGUGGAAGAAGCAGCAAAGGAGGAAGAGGAGACACCUGCAGUAGCAGCAGAAUCAACAGAAGUAGCAUCAGAAUCUGCAGAGAUGCCUCCUGGCUUUCUGUUCAAGGUCCAAGUGAUGCACGAUUAUGCUGCCAAUGACACAGAUGAACUGGAGAUGAAGGCUGGUGAUGUGGUGCUAGUACUGACUUUUGACAACCCUGAAGAACAGGAUGAAGGCUGGCUGAUGGGAAUAAAGCAAGACGACUGGCAGCAAAACAAAGAAAACGGCACUAAAGGAGUAUUUCCCGAAAACUUUACCCAGAGGCUGUGAGGCUGCUUCUUAUCUACAAGAGGACAGGACCGCAGUCCGGCUCCUUCUUUAUGUUUCUCUUCCUCUUGCCCAUAUUCCCUUUCUUGCCCUGAUACUGUAUCUUUCCUAGGACUUUGGCCAUAAAAGCAGAGCUGUCACAGCCCUGGAUGAAAUCAUGCAUUUCUAAGGUCUGCUACACUGUGCUAAAAGUGGAUCUUGGCAUUUCUGUGGAUUUCUGCCAACAUUUACAAAUUACAGAUGUAGCCAUUUCACAGGUUUCACUUUCAGCAGUUUUUCUCUGCAAUUACCUGAUAUUUGAGGAAGUGAUUGGAGACUCGAGCUCAUACAGAAUAAAUGCAAGGAUGGUGAUCCCUGAAAUGGUUGCAGCUGAAAUGGCAUUAAAAUCUUUUAUCCUUGAUCACUCGUCAUCAUGCGAAAGAUGUCGAUUGACAUGUUUUAAACUGGGAAUGAGAUAUCAAGGACCGUUUGUAGUUAGUAUGAUGUCAGGUGUAGCUGAGCGUCUUACACCCACAUCAGCCUAAAAAUGGAUUUGUUAAGAGAGUGUAAGGCUGAGCAAAAGGUAAAAACACUUCACUUUAGUAGAAAGAGUCACUAAGCAGAUUAAAACACUGAAAAAAUCGAACCAACUCCUAGCUUGCAACUUCACUUUCCUUCAAACUUUGAACUCACAUGGUACUGAAACCUCAUCAGCCCAGCAGCAGAUCUUUAACUAGGACUGGAGUUCUCAGAUUAGUGAUCACACUCCUGAUAUGAUGCCAUUGGCACAAACUCCAUUGGAUAAAACCUGUCCUUUAUCCCUAUUUUAACUGUUUACUUAUAGAAAACUGGCCCUUGGUUGUUGUAUUAGUUUAGACUGUGUGGUGGUAUAGGUAGUAUGAACCUGUUGUUAAAAUCCAAAUAAAUGCAUAUGUUGUUAACUGAUCAACAUAUUACUGGAUUUAAAGUAAACAAGGAAUGCAUAAUUAUGAUUUCUGGUCUGGGAGUCUCAUAUGGUAUUAAUGACUAAUUGAUAAAUUAUUUUUGACUGUUGUUUUUUUUUUUUUUCACCUUAUCUAGCGAUUCCAAAUAUGCAUUAGCCUGGCUUGCUAAAAGCUAGCCUACAAAAUACAGAAACAAGAAACUGCUACUGGUAGUAUAAUAGUUUAUAGAUAUGGCAACGCCCUUAUACUAAUCAAAUAUAUUAUAACUGAGCCAGCCUCAUUAACUAAAUAAAUAAAUAAAUGUGCCGAAAACAGUUCCCUCUGUUUGCAAAGAGACUAUUUAACUCACAUGCAGAUGAUUAUGAAUAUGCACCAGAGCAACUUCUUUUAUUUUUAUAUGCUGCCAAGCAAUGAUUACAUAUAGCCUAAUGUAACUAUGUCAACAGAAUUGCCAACUGAGGAUGUUAUGGAGUGUUUUGUACUUCUGUAAGGUUUACUGCUCUCGACGUAGCCGCAUAGGUAGUUAAAACUAUCUCACAUUCAGUCAUUCAUUCAGUCACUGAAUUAACAGCGAUUCUCAUGAUGUUAUUAACAUGUAAUAAGUCUGAGAGAAAAUGUACGUGUGUACGAUUGUGUGUGUGUUUAUGAGUUGUUUGAGGAUCAGAAAUCUUUAUCUAUAGGCUAUUGUUAUUGGAUGAUACCACCGCCACAACCUACCAGGGGAAGUUUUUCUGACCGGACAAGGGCAACUCAAACGUAUUUGGGCCUUUUUCCACUGGCUGGUAUUAUGGUUCCAGGUGUUAUUGUGCAUUUGUUGUGUAUAAGUGUAAUUUUACCAAGCUGUGAUGACAGAUACAUAUUCUAUAAAGACAUUCAUAUUGUAUGUGUGUUACUGUGUGCAUGCUGACUUCCCAUGUGUUGUUGUGUGAACACCCUUAAUUUAAGACAGUGAUACUUGGGUCACUUUUGAGGCAGUUGAAACAAGGUAUUUAUUUUUAUUUUUUUAUGUGUUUUGUUAAACUUUAUAGGAUGGUGGUGGGCAGUCAUGGUGUGUGUUUUUCCACCAUUCUCUUUCAAAUCAGUCCUGAUUAUUACUGCUGGUUGCCCAUCAGCCUUGCCUCAAAAUGUUGCUAGGUAUCGUGGUCCAAACAGAGCUAAUUACAUGGAGGCUUGUCACAUAAAGACAAAUUCCAAGCAACCAGAUGCAAGUGGAUAUUUUCUAAUGGUUUUCAGUAUUUUUAACCACUUUGGACUGCAUUUUUUUUCUUUAUUUUUUUAUUCAUAUAUCUUUAAAAUGCCUUAUAACACGUGAGAACAACAGCUUCACAUUAAGGCAAAUUAAUCACUAUUUCUUUUCCUUUUUUUUGUAUAAAUUGGUCAUGUUUACCUGGGUCUGGCUCUGUAUUUGUCUUUAUGUAACACUCUCCUGUGUUGAGCUAUGGGAUAUGACAAAAAGGAUUUUCCUGUACCUAAC